UGGGUACCUUUACACUUGUCACGUAUACAAGCGCUUAGAACCUCCUCAUCUAUAGCAACAUUCUCAAUUUUAUUUUACUCAACGGAAACCCAUUUCCCAGCAGAAGGCAGAAAACAAAUAAAAAAAAAAUGGCGACAGCCACAGCUCUGUCUUCCUCAUUCAAGCACCACUUAGCCUUGGGCCUUCGAUUCCCUCAAAGCUGCCGUAAUGGAGCCAGAAUAUCAAGUUUUAGAAGCUUCACAGUUACAAUGGCGGCCAUGUCCACAACUCCUCUUGAAGUCUGCGUCAAAGCUUCUGUUACCACUCCCAACAAAGUCGGAGACUGUCCCUUUUGCCAAAGGGUAUUGCUAACUAUGGAAGAAAAGCAUCUUUCUUAUGACAUGAAGUUGGUAGAUUUGGCAAACAAGCCAGAAUGGUUCUUACAAAUCAGUCCAGAAGGGAAGGUUCCGGUUGCAAAACUUGAUGAGAAGUGGGUUCCUGACUCUGAUGUCAUCACGCAGUCACUGGAAGAAAAGUACCCUGAUCCACCAUUGGUAACCCCUCCGGAGAAAGCAUCAGUUGGUUCAAAGAUCUUCUCUACAUUUAUCGGUUUUCUUAAAAGCAAAGAUCCCAGUGAUGGAACAGAUCAGGCAUUGCUCAAUGAGUUAAGCUUAUUCAAUGAUUAUAUCAAAGAAAAUGGCCCUUUUAUCAAUGGGGAGAAGAUUUCUGCAGCAGACUUGUCUCUGGGACCAAAGCUAUACCAUCUUGAGAUUGCUUUGGGGCAUUAUAAGAAAUGGUCUGUUCCAGCUUCACUUCCCUAUGCGAAAUCUUACAUGAAGACAAUUUUCUCAAUGGAGUCAUUUGUUAACACACGUGCAAGUCCUGAUGAUGUAGUUGCUGGUUGGCGUCCAAAAGGCAUCAUGAAUUUGGCAAACUCUACAUCUUUCUGAAAUCUCACCUUUCAUACCUGCUAAGACCUGUCAACCCUGGGCUCGAGGCUAAUGGCGAGGAGACUUGCUUUUGCAAAAUUGAUUGAAAAGAGCUAGGGUGUGCAAUUGUUGGUGGUUGGAGUGACAACUUGAGUGAGAGUUAAUUGUGCCAUGCAUGUUUU